GCGAGUGGAGAGGCCGGGAGGACGCCAUCAUGGCGGAUGUCACUGCUCGCAGUCUGCAGUACGAGUACAAGGCGAACUCCAACCUUGUAUUACAAGCCGAUCGCUCUUUGAUCGACCGCACCAGAAGAGAUGAGCCGACCGGAGAAGUGCUGUCGCUGGUGGGGAAGCUUGAAGGUUCCAGAAUGGGAGACAAGGCGCAGAGAACCAAACCACAGUUGCAGGAGGAGAGACGGGCAAAGAGGAGGAAGCGCGAUGAAGACAGACACGACAUGAACAAGAUGAAAGGCUACACUCUGCUGUCUGAGGGCAUCGAUGAGAUGGUAGGGAUCGUCUACAAACCCAAGACCAAGGAGACCAGAGAGACCUACGAGGUGCUCCUCAGCUUCAUCCAGGCUGCCCUGGGAGACCAGCCGCGUGACAUCCUGUGUGGAGCGGCCGAUGAGGUUCUGGCCGUGCUGAAGAACGAGAAGCUGUGGGACAAGGAGCGACGGAAGGAGAUUGAGAUGCUGCUGGGACAGCUGGAGGACACUCGCUACCACGUGCUGGUCAAUCUGGGCAAGAAAAUCAGCGACUACGGUGGGGACAAGGAGGUGCAGAACAUGGAUGACAAUAUUGAUGAGACGUAUGGAGUGAAUGUGCAGUUCGAGUCUGAUGAAGAGGAGGGAGAUGAGGAUACGUAUGGAGAAGUGCGUGAGGAAGCAUCGGACGAGGACACUGAAGGAGAGGAAGCGGACAUCAGCUGCACACUCUCUGCCAACUUGGGGACGACUGGGAGUGUGCUGAGUGCUAAGAAGAAGGAUUUGCACCCGAGAGACAUCGAUGCUUUCUGGCUGCAGAGACAGCUCAGCCGCUUCUACGAUGACGCCAUCAUGUCACAGAAGAAAGCUGAUGAAGUGCUGGAUAUUCUAAAGACCACCGGUGAUGACAGGGAGUGCGAGAACCAGCUUGUUAGCCUUCUCGGCUUCAACACCUUUGACUUCAUCAAGAUCCUGAGACAGCAUCGCAUGAUGAUUCUGUAUUGCACGUUGCUGGCCAGUGCUCAGAGCGAGGGGGAGAAGGAGAGAAUCCAGAAUAAAAUGGAGGGAGACGCUGAGCUCUCGAAGAUCCUCUACAAACUCCAGGAAACUGAAAAGGAAGAUAUUAUCCGGGAGGAACGAUCGCGCCGAGAGCGAGUGCGUCAAUCUCGCGUCGAUAUAGACCUGGAAGCCAUGGACAUUGAUCGCGAAGGAGAGAUCCUGGCUCCCCGGCAAGUCCUGGACUUGGAGGACCUGGCGUUUGCUCAGGGGAGUCACUUGAUGGCCAAUAAACGCUGUCAGCUCCCUGACGGCUCCUUCCGCAAACAACGCAAGGGAUACGAGGAGGUGCACGUCCCCGCUCUCAAACCCAAACCCUUUUCCUCCGAAGAGCAACUAAUCGGCGUUGAGAAGAUGCCCAAGUAUACACAGGCAGCAUUUGAAGGCUUCAAGACUCUGAACCGGAUUCAGAGCAAACUGUUCAAAGCCGCCAUGGAAACCGAUGAAAACCUGUUACUGUGCGCUCCCACCGGAGCUGGUAAAACCAACGUGGCUUUGAUGUGUAUGCUGCGUGAGAUUGGGAAACACAUCAACCUGGACGGGACCAUCAACAUCGAUGACUUCAAGAUUAUCUACGUGGCACCUAUGCGCUCUCUGGUACAGGAGAUGGUGGGCAGCUUCAGUAAGCGUUUAGCCAGUUACGGGAUCAAUGUGGCGGAGCUGACGGGCGACCAUCAGCUGUGUAAGGAGGAGAUUAAUGCCACCCAGGUCAUCGUGUGCACCCCGGAGAAGUGGGACAUCAUCACUCGCAAAGGAGGGGAGCGCACGUACACGCAGAUAGUCCGACUCAUGAUCAUUGAUGAGAUCCACCUGCUGCACGAUGACCGAGGCCCUGUGUUGGAGGCCUUGGUGGCCAGGACUAUAAGGAACAUUGAGAUGACCCAGGAGGACGUGCGGCUGGUGGGGCUCAGUGCUACGCUGCCCAACUACGAGGAUGUGGCCACUCUCCUGAGGGUCGAUGCUGCCAAAGGCCUCUUCUACUUCGACAACAGUUUCCGCCCGGUUCCUCUGGAGCAGACCUACGUGGGAAUUACAGAGAAGAAAGCCAUCAAACGCUUCCAGAUCAUGAACGAGAUUGUGUACGAGAAGGUGAUGGAGCACGCUGGCAAGAACCAGGUGCUGGUGUUUGUUCAUUCGCGGAAGGAAACCGGAAAGACGGCGCGAGCGAUCAGAGACAUGUGUCUGGAGAAAGAUACUCUGGGCUUGUUCCUUCGUGAGGGCUCAGCGUCCACUGAGGUGUUACGUACAGAGGCCGAGCAGUGCAAGAAUUUGGAACUGAAAGACUUGCUGCCCUACAGCUUUGCUAUACAUCACGCAGGGAUGACCAGGGUGGACAGAACCUUGGUGGAGGAUCUAUUUGCUGAUCGGCACAUUCAGGUGCUGGUCUCCACAGCGACCCUGGCUUGGGGUGUGAAUCUGCCCGCUCACACAGUCAUCAUCAAAGGGACACAAGUCUACAGCCCGGAGAAAGGCCGCUGGACAGAGCUGGGAGCCUUGGACGUUCUACAGAUGUUGGGACGAGCCGGGCGGCCACAGUACGACACGAAAGGUGAAGGAAUCCUGAUCACCUCACACGGGGAGCUGCAGUAUUACCUGUCUCUGCUCAACCAGCAGCUUCCCAUUGAGAGCCAGAUGAUCACCAGACUCCCUGACAUGCUCAACGCUGAGAUCGUGCUUGGCAAUGUCCAGACAGCCAAGGAUGCUAUUAACUGGUUGGGAUACACCUACCUUUACAUCCGAAUGCUGAGGACACCCACACUAUACGGGAUAUCACACGAUGAGCUGAAGAGCGACCCUUUGCUGGAGCAGCGCAGGUUAGACCUGAUCCACACGGCAGCCCUUAUCCUCGACAAGAACAACCUGGUCAAGUACGACAAGAAAAGCGGCAACUUCCAGGUGACCGACCUGGGCAGGAUUGCCAGUCACUACUACAUCACCCAGGAAAGCAUGGCCACCUACAACCAGCUGCUCAAACCCACCCUCAGCGAGAUCGAGCUCUUCCGAGUCUUCUCUCUGUCCUCGGAAUUCAAAAACAUCACCGUGAGAGAGGAAGAGAAGCUGGAGCUACAGAAGCUGUUGGAACGAGUUCCUAUUCCUGUCAAGGAGAGCAUUGAGGAGCCCAGUGCCAAGAUUAAUGUGCUGCUCCAAGCCUAUAUCUCACAGCUGAAGUUGGAGGGGUUUGCACUGAUGGCUGACAUGGUUUACGUGACUCAGUCAGCGGGACGCCUGAUGCGUUGCAUAUUCGAGAUUGUGCUGCACCGUGGCUGGGCCCAGCUGACAGACAAGACGGUUAAUCUCUGCAAAAUGAUCGACAAACGGAUGUGGCAGUCCAUGUCUCCUCUUCGCCAGUUUCGGAAGCUGCCGGAGGAGGUCAUCAAGAAGAUUGAGAAGAAGAACUUCCCCUUUGAGAGACUCUACGACUUGAACCACAAUGAAAUAGGGGAGCUGAUCCGAAUGCCAAAGAUGGGGAAAACCAUCCACAAGUACAUUCACCAGUUCCCCAAACUGGAGCUCUCUGUCCAUAUCCAGCCGAUCACACGCUCCACCCUGAAAGUGGAACUCACCAUCACGCCAGACUUCCAGUGGGACGAAAAGAUACACGGUUCCUCGGAGGCGUUCUGGAUCCUGGUGGAGGAUGUGGACAGUGAGGUGAUUCUACAUCACGAGUAUUUCCUGUUAAAGGCAAAGUACGCACAGGACGAGCACCUGGUGAUGUUCUUUGUUCCGGUAUUUGAGCCGCUGCCUCCGCAGUACUUCAUCAGGGUGGUGUCGGACCGCUGGCUGUCCUGUGAAACACAGCUGCCUGUUUCAUUCCGACACCUGAUUCUCCCAGAGAAAUAUCCUCCCCCCACAGAGCUGCUGGACCUGCAGCCACUGCCUGUGUCCGCCCUGAGGAACAGCGCAUUCGAGAGCCUUUACCAGGACAAGUUCCCCUUCUUCAACCCCAUCCAGACACAAGUGUUCAACGCGGUGUACAACAGCGAUGACAACGUGUUUGUGGGCGCUCCCACGGGCAGCGGGAAGACAAUUUGCGCGGAGUUUGCCAUCCUGCGCAUGUUACUCCAGAACUCCGAGGGUCGCUGUGUGUACAUCACCCCCAUGGAGGCGCUGGCGGAGCAGGUCUUUGCAGACUGGUUCGAGAAGUUCCAGCUGAAGUUGGGGAAGAAAGUGGUUUUGCUCACAGGAGAAACGAGCACAGACCUCAAGCUGCUGGGCAAAGGCAACAUCAUCAUCAGCACCCCGGAGAAGUGGGACAUACUGUCCCGGAGAUGGAAACAGCGUAAAAAUGUCCAGAACGUCAACCUGUUUGUGGUGGACGAGGUCCAUCUGAUCGGGGGGGAGAACGGGCCUGUUCUGGAAGUUAUCUGCUCCCGAAUGAGGUACAUCUCCUCCCAGAUCGAACGUCCCAUCCGGAUCGUGGCGCUGAGCUCCUCCCUGUCCAACGCCAAGGACGUGGCCCACUGGCUGGGCUGCAGCACCACAGCAACCUUCAACUUCCACCCCAACGUCAGGCCCGUUCCCCUCGAGCUGCACAUCCAGGGCUUCAAUGUGAGCCACACACAGACACGACUGCUGUCCAUGUCUAAACCUGUCUACCACGCCAUCAUGAAGCAUUCGCCCAAGAAGCCAGUCAUCGUCUUCGUGCCCUCUCGCAAGCAGACCCGGCUGACGGCCAUCGAUAUCCUCACCUUCUGUGCUGCUGACGUCCAGCCACAAAGGUUUUUACACUGUACAGAGAAGGACUUGACACCGUACCUUGACAAACUGAAUGACAACACACUGAAGGAGACACUGGCCAAUGGUGUUGGUUACCUGCACGAGGGGCUGAACCUGACCGAGCGCAGAAUCGUAGAACAACUCUUCCGUUCUGGUGCAGUGCAAGUGGUUGUGGCCUCCAGGAGCCUGUGUUGGGGGAUGAACAUCUCUUCGUACCUGGUCACCAUUAUGGACACGCAGUACUACAACGGCAAAAUCCACGCGUACGUGGACUAUCCAAUCUACGAUGUGCUGCAGAUGGUGGGACGGGCAAACCGCCCCCUACAGGACGAUGAGGGGCGCUGUGUCAUCAUGUGUCAGGGGUCCAAGAAGGAUUUUUUUAAGAAGUUCCUGUAUGAGCCACUGCCGGUGGAAUCCCACCUGGAUCAUUGCUUACACGAUCACUUCAACGCUGAAAUCGUCACCAAAACCAUUGAGAACAAGCAGGACGCUGUGGAUUACCUGACCUGGACCUUCCUGUAUCGCAGGAUGACACAGAACCCCAAUUACUACAAUCUCCAGGGUGUGUCGCACAGACAUCUCUCUGAUCACCUCUCGCAGUUGGUGGAAAACACCCUGAACGACUUGGAACAGUCCAAGUGCAUCAGUAUCGAGGAUGAGAUGGAUGUGGCUCCUCUGAACCUGGGGAUGAUCGCAGCGUAUUAUUACAUCAACUACACAACCAUCGAGCUGUUCAGUAUGUCGCUGAACGCCAAGACGAAGAUCCGAGGCCUCAUAGAAAUCAUCUCCAACGCGGCCGAGUACGAGAACAUUCCCAUCAGACAUCACGAGGAUAAUCUGCUGCGUCAGCUUUAUCAGAAAGUUCCUCACAAACUGAACAACCCCAAGUUUAAUGAUCCUCAUGUGAAGACGAACCUGCUCCUCCAGGCACAUCUCUCCCGCAUGCAGCUCAGCGCCGAGCUCCAGUCAGACACCGAGGAGAUUCUCAGCAAGGCGAUCCGGCUGAUCCAGGCCUGUGUGGACGUUCUCUCCAGUAACGGUUGGCUCAGCCCCGCGCUCGCUGCCAUGGAAUUGGCCCAAAUGGUGACACAGGCCAUGUGGUCAAAGGACUCCUACCUCAAGCAGCUUCCUUACUUCACUUCUGAACACAUAAAGCGCUGCACUGACCAGGGCACUGACAGUAUCUUCGACAUCAUGGAGAUGGAGGACGAUGAGAGGAACGCCUUGCUGCAGCUCUCCGAUGCCCAGAUGAUGGACGUGGCGAGGUUCUGCAACCGGUAUCCCAACAUCGAGCUGUCGUAUGAAGUGGUGGAGAAAGAGGCCAUCAAGAGUGGCUCCUCGGUGGUUGUGUUGGUGCAGCUGGAAAGGGAGGAGGAGGUGACGGGACCUGUUAUUGCUCCCUUAUUCCCUCAGAAACGGGAGGAAGGCUGGUGGGUCGUGGUUGGGGACCCCAAGACAAACAGCUUGAUCUCAAUCAAGAGGCUGACCCUGCAACAGAAAGCAAAGGUGAAGUUGGAUUUCGUGGCUCCGGCUCCCAGCACUCAGCACUACACCCUCUACUUCAUGAGCGACGCUUACAUGGGCUGUGAUCAGGAGUACAAGUUCAGCAUCGAUAUCAAAGAGGCAGAUAGUGAGGGUGAGAGCGACUCUGAUUAAAGCAGCCCUUCCCCUCCUCUCGCUCUGACCCUUUUCUCUGGCUGUAUUCUCGGCUGGAGUCGCGUAGUUUUGUAAAAGACGCUCUUAUUAAGUCUCGGAGAUUUGGUUACGUUUUAAAACGUCAUGAACUCCUUCGUACGUCAACAUGUGUGUGAAUCUUUCAGACACGUUGCUUUUGUUGUAUUGUCUGCCGGGGGAAAUAUCUUUUAUCAUAGAGCGAACAGAAACAGAAGGAGUACGAGGCAAAACAUAACGUCUCAAUGAUAAUUCAGUACAAUAUCUUUAUCUGGUCGGUAAGGCUCUUCGCAUUUGACUCUUAUGUUACAAGCCCUAAAUUGAAGGGUGGCUUUUGUGAUUCCCCAGCAAUGACCAGGAAGCAACUGUUUGGAGUUAGAGACAGACUUUCAGAUUGACCCAGGCUUUUUGUCAGUGUCGUUUUAAAAGCAGGAAAAACUCGGAAGUGAUUUUGUAAAGCUUUCUGCGUAGAUCUUUUGUAAGUUGCUGACAAAAGUAUAACCAGGCUGAACUGACUAACAGUUUUGGUACCAGUGAAGUGAAUCCAUGUCAUUUGUUCACCGGUCCAGUGGGGCGUGAAUUGAGCCCGAAUAAAGUAUUGGAGAAUGUUGAA